UUUGCUAUAACUCUACCAUUCGUAAUCUCGCCGUUCCUCAUAUGUUUCAUACAGACUAGCAGAAUUUCAUUGAGUACUACAUUGGUACGACAUACGCACUAGCAAACAUUCCCUGAUUUGAUGUCGGCACAUUUAGUUUGUAUAAGUCAUGUCGAUGUGCAGUGCCAUAGCUGAGGCGUGCAGUUUUAAUUAGUAUUACAGAAAACGAGCCGCGUCUGGCGAUUCAAUUGAGUGAGCACAUUCUGGAACGCAGUCUUCUUCGCAGCGGAAGGAUUCAAAUUCUUUCCCGUCGCAGAGAUAAAGCAGAACAGUCGCGUUGUGCGUCAGAGGAAAUCUGGGAGUCGUUUAGUUGGAAAAUUUGCGAAUAAAUGUCGUGGCAUUGCUAACAUACCUAGUAAGAUAGAAUGUGUUCCAGGAUAGUUUUAGUGCAGUUGUUGGCGGUGAUCGUAAUCGCGUUAAGUCAUCGAUGCGUGGGCGAAGAUAAAUCUCCCCUCGUUUUUACAGUAGCGAGUAAUGAAACUGAAGGAUAUGUACGAUAUAUCCGUUCCGCCAAGCAUUAUGGAAUUGAGGUAACGACGCUUGGUCUGGGAAAGCCAUGGCUCGGAGGUGAUAUGACUCGACUAGGUGGUGGCUACAAAAUAAACCUUUUACGAGAUGCUCUAAAACCCUACAAAGCGGAUGACGGUCGGAUCGUAUUAUUUACCGACAGCUACGAUGUUCUGUUCCUGGCAUCCAUGGACAAAAUCAUCGAAAAAUUUAGAACGUUUGACGCAUCUGUUUUAUUCGGAUCCGAAAGCUACUGCUGGCCAGAUGAAGAACUGAAGUCUAAGUAUCCAGUGCUGGAGGGCCGAGGCAAUCGGUUUUUAAAUUCGGGAUUGUUCAUGGGUUACGCAUCGAAGUUGUACCGAUUGCUGAAGACUCCGUUGAAAGAUACGGAUGACGAUCAGUUAUACUAUACUAAAGCAUAUUUGGACGAAAAACUGCGUAACGAACUCAACAUUAAACUUGAUCACACGGCUUCAUUGUUCCAAAAUUUGAACGGUGUUGAAGAACAAGUUGUGCUAGCUCUGGAUGAGACUAGUAAGGAGGCAUAUCUGAAGAAUACGGAAUACUCGACUACACCUUACGUAGUACAUGGCAACGGCCCGAGUAAGCUUGUGCUAAACGGUUACGGAAAUUAUCUGGCGGGAGCUUUCGUUGAUGGCGAGUGUAAAUCAAUCAACGAAAACCUCAUUGAGUUAGAGGAAGGAAAUUUACCAACAGUGAUGAUGGCAUUAUUCAUUGAAAGAGCAACUCCUUUCAUCGAGGAAUGGUUCGAAGCAAUCGCAAAUAUAAAUUAUCCACUCAAGAAUAUAGAUCUUUUCAUCCAUAACAAUGUCGAUUAUCAUAAGCCAACGAUCGACGAUUUUUUGGAGAAGUACGGGAAAAUGUAUCGAUCAUUCCGUAAGGCAGACUACACUGACGAUUAUGAAGAGCUUGCAGGUCGAUCGCUAGCUGUCCAGCAGUGCCUCACAAAGAAAUGCGAUUAUUUGUUUGUUGUCGAUUCGGAUGGUCAUAUUGACAAUCCGGAUAUUCUUCGUAAAUUAGUUAGGCAGAAUAAGAACAUAAUUGGUCCUAUGCUAAACCGCCCGGAAAAAGUUUGGAGCAAUUUCUGGGGGGCGUUGAGCAGUCAGGGCUUCUAUGCUCGAUCCAAUGACUACAUGGAUAUUGUGUGGAGAAAAAUUGUAGGUCAGUGGAACGUGCCUUUCAUUUCUACCAUCUAUUUGGUGAAAGCAUCGAUAUUGCCCCUCGUGGAUUACAAACUACAAGGCACGGAUCCUGAUAUGGCAUUCUGUUGGCAUAUGCGAUCGAAGGGAAUAUUUAUGUACGUAAUCAACGUGGAACAGUACGGUCAUUUGAUUGAUACAGACUAUUAUGAUACGACAAAAACACAUCCUGAUUUCUACCAGCUUUUUAAUAACAAGUACGAUUGGGAAAAGAAGUAUAUUUCGCCAGAAUAUUACAAACAGCUGGAAAAAGACUACGUUCAGACGCAGCCCUGCCCCGAUGUGUAUUGGCUUGCUAUUGCAACUGAAAAGUUUUGCGAUCACCUAAGAGAAAUUGUUGAAGCUUUUGGAAAAUGGUCAGAUGGAACGCACUCUGAUAAACGCUUACAAGGAGGUUAUGAAGCGGUCCCAACCAGAGAUAUUCACAUGAAUCAGGUUGGCUUGGAGCAGGUGUGGUUGAAGUUUUUACAACUCUUCGUCAAACCACUACAAGAGAAAAUCUUCAUCGGAUAUUUCCAUGAUCCUCCACGAUCGCUGAUGAAUUUCGUCGUGCGAUAUCGGCCUGAUGAACAGCCUUCCUUGAGACCACAUCAUGAUUCCUCUACCUACACAAUCAAUAUUGCCUUGAACAGAGCAGGAACCGAUUACGAGGGAGGUGGCUGCCAUUUCUUAAGGUACAACUGUUCGGUAACCGAUACUCGCAAAGGAUGGAUGUUGAUGCAUCCGGGUCGCCUGACUCAUUUCCACGAAGGACUGAAGACGAUCAGCGGAACACGCUAUAUUAUGGUUUCGUUCAUUGAUCCGUGAAUUUCAGUGGGUUAUCUGAUAACGAUAACGUUUUAUGAGCGCACAAUUUAGAUGAAAUCAUGAUUUUUUUCCAUUUCAUCAAUGACAUCCUGCUAUAGAAGACUUAAAGGAAUGCUCCAUGUGAAUGAGAUCUGCGUUUUAGUUUGAAUAUAUUAAAUGUGCCAUUAUGUUUUAUAAGUAUUUUCCAGUGAAUGAAAUUUAAAUGUAAAGGUUGUCUUUAUUUAUAAAAGAAAGACGAUAUUUGUCUUGACCAUGCAAUACAUCCUAAAAAUUA